AACUUCCGCUUGGGAGAAGUCAUUACUCGAAUAAAAACGAAAACAAACAUGUCUUCAUUUUCGGACAGUAAUCUUGCAAAGAAAUUAAACGAAUUAAACGGAACACAGCAAAGUAUACAAACGCUUUCAUUGUGGCUAAUACAUCAUAGAAAACAUUCCAAGACAAUCGUUCAAGUUUGGCUCCGAGAGCUCAAAAAAGUAACUCCUCCAAGACGUUUGAUCUACAUUUAUCUUGCUAAUGAUGUCAUACAAAACAGUAAAAAGAAAGGACCAGAAUUCACAAAAGAUUUUGGAACAGUUAUGGGCGAGGCAUUUGCUACAGGCUACAGAGAAGCUGGAGAAAAGCAGAGAGGUUCUCUUGACAGAAUCCUCAACAUUUGGGAAGAUCGAGGCGUCUAUACUAAAGACUUUAUGAAGAAUCUCAGGCAGAAAAUAGCUGGAGGAGAAACAGCAGCUCAUAUAAAAGACGUGCUGAAAGAUGACAUACUAACGGCAUGGAAGGAAUCAAAUCCUAAAAAAGAGUCCACUCCAAGGAAGGAAGAAAAGCCGAGAAAAGAGGCUCCGCAGAAAGAGCUGACUCCAAAAGAAGUUAUCCCUCGUAAGAGAAGAAGAAAAGAUGAGCCUGAACAAUUAGCAUUGAAAGUGGAGUUAGAUUCAAUGAAGCAUGAUGAAUUAGGCACUUAUGAUACUGAAUCAUUAAUAAAGCGAUUAUCAGCAUUAGAGAACUCCGCCUCAUGUGAUGCAGCCAUACGGGAAAAGAUCGCCAAGUUACCUCCGGAGGUCUCAGAUAUAUCUCAGCUAGCUAAACUACAUGAUAAAGAUUCUGCCCGUCGUCUUUCAAACACGGUAGACAAUGCGUGUAUUCUACUGACAGAUUACAACAAACGGCUAGCCGAGGAGUUAGACGAGAGAAAGAGUGUUGCAAAAAUGUUACGGGCUUUCAUAAAUACACAAACUGAACAGCUUGGUCACGCUGAAAAACGACUACAGAUGGAGAUCUAUAGAAGGGUUAUUUAA